AGCUGAACUCGUAAACUAUGAAUUGGAAAGAGGCUAUCCCAUUUUAAAAGGACGAAGGAAGGAGGGUAAAAUCUGCCAUAGUAACAGAGUCGAAUUGUAUGGUUGGGUGAAAGCUAUCCGCCUCGUGACGUUGUGCUGGCAGUGUGACUGGAAUGAGGAUUUGCUAAAUAGGGCUCUAGUGCCAGUCCGGGAGAGCAUGCAUAGCCUACCUACCUAAAGGAGCAAGAUAGGUAACGCCACUUGUUGAGUUGCAUGCAAAGGCAUUAUACAUUCGUGAGACAAUUUAGGAGCCGCAAUAAUUGUAGAUGUUGCUUUGAAUUCUUUGGAUAUCGAUUCUCAGUAAGCAGAAGCCUAUCAUCAACAGUUUUGAUACAAUUAACCUUGACGUGAAAUAAAUAAUUUUAUCAGCAGGGCUCAACUGCGUCCAACCAGUUUAUCUUCAGGGCUUGCUGGCAGUUUAACUCAUUGCACAAGUGGUAGGGCCWACAGAUAAAGAGAGAAAAAGGUGAGCAUGCGCUGGAGGGGCUGUCUAAGAAUCAAGUAAAUAGAAUUGGAGCUGCUGGAAGCACUUGUGGUGUGUCGUCGGUGACGUCACCGCCCUACAUUGAGRUUGAGCUGUGAGUUGUAGUGCGAGAUAGAUUGAGGCGCMCCGUAGUAAAGUACACAACUGCAAUGAACUUCUCAAUGUAACUUGGCUGUUUUAAGGCUGUUUGGCUAGAGGGAAAAUACACAAUUAUUUGCGAUUCAUUUUUUUUCUACAGAAUAAAACGAAUCCCAGGGAGGUUUGGAGAAUUUGGUAUCCACUUUUUCGAAAACUAUGUCGUCCGCGGCUGUAGCUGCUUCGAGGAGGCAGUCGUGUUAUUUGUGUGAUUUGCCCCGCAUGCCAUGGGCGAUGAUCUGGGAUUUUACCGAACCUGUUUGCAGGGGAUGUGUCAACUACGAGGGAGCCGACCGGAUUGAGUUUGUAAUUGAGACUGCCCGACAGCUGAAGAGGGCUCAUGGCUUCCAGGACGGGAGAUCWCCGGGGCCAGGCAAACCUCAGCACUCGGGGAAGGAAAUUCAGUCCCACAACCAUUCGGCUGGAGACCCCGGCUCGCGUCCGCCUCAGCCUCUGGAUCGCUAUCCCCUCUCUGACCGACCGCCAAGGUUGGGACCGGAGUACCAACCGGGGAGGCAAGUUAACGGCAUCCCUGUGCCAAAUGGAUUUCCUAAACCCGACGACCCGCCGGAGCUGAACCGCCAGAGCCCCAACCCUCGCAGGACUAGCACGGUUCCUCCCAAUUUGGUGCCUUUAGUAAACGGAAACAUGGGUCCAGMACACGCACUCAAUGGUCGGCCCGCUCAYAUGGGUAUGCCGGGCCCAUUGAAUGUUCCUGGUCAAGGCGACCACGGCAAGCGCGGGGAGGAUAUGAAAGACAAGCAUAGACCGGAUAGCAUGUCGGACAUGUCGGAGAGCCACAAGCGGGCGGAGGAGUGGAUGGGCAAYGGCAAAACAGUGAGGGAUUUGAUGGCUCUCCACACAUUCGACAGCAGGUUCAAGAAAGACCACGCGGCGAUGCAGCGCGUUAUGGGAUAUGAGUCAAGUGCAACUUCUUCGAAACCAGACCGAGGGAAGCACCCGCGGAGCAUGAAGAGGAAAGCCUCCCCUGAGCCGGAUGGCGACGGCUCCGCCCCCAAGAUGAACGGCGGCGAGGGCCAGCCGUGGUUGCCGUCUCCCUCAGAGGUCCUCAAGAUGCCCCCGGCCUCCCUGCCAGGCUUCUCUGCCGCUCCACCCUCCACCAUCUCCCCUCACAGUCGCACCACCCCACCGGAGGCGGCGACGGCACAGAACGGCCAGUCGCCCAUGGCAGCACUCAUCCUCGCCGCCGACAAUGCCGGCAACACUGGCUCGCCCAAGGAUGCCAACCAGGUGCACUCCACCACGGCAGCGGGUCGGCGCAACAGCGGGAGCCCACUGUCCCCGUCCUCUGCAGGCCAGCGGCGGCUGACCCAGAGGGAGGUGGUGGCCACGGCCCACUCGCAGGGCAUGGACCCUCACGGGGCGCUGCCGCAGAGCAUUCCAGACUCGUCGGUGCCGGGCAGCGUGCCACUGUGCUGCACCCUGUGCCACGAGAGGCUGGAGGACACACACUUUGUCCAGUGCCCAUCGGUGCCCUCACACAAGUUCUGCUUCCCUUGCUCUCGGGAGAGUAUCAAACAGCAGGGAGCCACGGGAGAGGUGUACUGCCCCAGCGGGGAGAAAUGCCCAUUGGUGGGCUCCAACGUACCAUGGGCCUUCAUGCAGGGUGAAAUAGCCACCAUCUUAGCAGGGGACGUGAAAGUAAAAAAGGAGAGAGACCCUUGCUGCCCCCCCCCCAAUCAGCCUUCUCUACUCUUCCUGACUCCAAAAUACAUGAUGGUUCCUGUGAAGGAAACAGUAGAUGAAGUUGGAAGNAUGGGUAUGCCGGGCCCAUUGAAUGUUCCUGGUCAAGGCGACCACGGCAAGCGCGGGGAGGAUAUGAAAGACAAGCAUAGACCGGAUAGCAUGUCGGACAUGUCGGAGAGCCACAAGCGGGCGGAGGAGUGGAUGGGCAAYGGCAAAACAGUGAGGGAUUUGAUGGCUCUCCACACAUUCGACAGCAGGUUCAAGAAAGACCACGCGGCGAUGCAGCGCGUUAUGGGAUAUGAGUCAAGUGCAACUUCUUCGAAACCAGACCGAGGGAAGCACCCGCGGAGCAUGAAGAGGAAAGCCUCCCCUGAGCCGGAUGGCGACGGCUCCGCCCCCAAGAUGAACGGCGGCGAGGGCCAGCCGUGGUUGCCGUCUCCCUCAGAGGUCCUCAAGAUGCCCCCGGCCUCCCUGCCAGGCUUCUCUGCCGCUCCACCCUCCACCAUCUCCCCUCACAGUCGCACCACCCCACCGGAGGCGGCGACGGCACAGAACGGCCAGUCGCCCAUGGCAGCACUCAUCCUCGCCGCCGACAAUGCCGGCAACACUGGCUCGCCCAAGGAUGCCAACCAGGUGCACUCCACCACGGCAGCGGGUCGGCGCAACAGCGGGAGCCCACUGUCCCCGUCCUCUGCAGGCCAGCGGCGGCUGACCCAGAGGGAGGUGGUGGCCACGGCCCACUCGCAGGGCAUGGACCCUCACGGGGCGCUGCCGCAGAGCAUUCCAGACUCGUCGGUGCCGGGCAGCGUGCCACUGUGCUGCACCCUGUGCCACGAGAGGCUGGAGGACACACACUUUGUCCAGUGCCCAUCGGUGCCCUCACACAAGUUCUGCUUCCCUUGCUCUCGGGAGAGUAUCAAACAGCAGGGAGCCACGGGAGAGGUGUACUGCCCCAGCGGGGAGAAAUGCCCAUUGGUGGGCUCCAACGUACCAUGGGCCUUCAUGCAGGGUGAAAUAGCCACCAUCUUAGCAGGGGACGUGAAAGUAAAAAAGGAGAGAGACCCUUGAUUUUACCAGCAUUUUUUUUUUUUUUUAACUACCACAACAACAAACAAAAACCAACAUGUACACCAUUACAAAUGAAUAUAAAUCCUCGUACCAUGCAUACCAUCCAAAAGAAACUGAUGGACGUGUACAUAUUGGACACAAGGGAAGUUGUAUGCUUCGUAAACAUGGCUGUAUAAUUUUUUUUUGAUUAUUUUGUUUUUGUUUUUCAAUACAUUGUGUUUCUAUAUAUUUUUUUGAAGAUAAAGGUAUGUACUCAUCAUAACAGACUACUUUCCUCCUCCCCCUCUUUUUUUCGAUGUCCUAUCGAUGUACUUUUUUUUAGUUCUGGUGGCAGUCCCUGUUAAACAUAGAAUGUGACUAACUAAUAUGACUCUACGAGCACUUGGCAAACUGAAUUGCUUCUAGCUGUACUUGUAUGCACUUGUUUAAAAAAAAAAAAACUUGCCAAAUACAAUUUCUGACCUUGUAAUAAUAA